AUGUCCGCCCGCCGUCCCCACGGGCAAAGUUAUGCCGAUGUCGCGGCGAAGCCUGCCCCAGAGAGUGAUUCUGACAUCACUCCAGCUGUCCCAGCAAAUGUCAUUUACAAGCUGCUAGCCUUUACAGCCGCGAUGGUAUUCGGUCCCAUCGGCAUCUAUUUCUUGACAGUGAACACGGUCUUCAGAGGCAACUCAACUUUUGCCGGCAUUGCCGCAGCUAUUGCGGCCAACGUGGUCUUAUUCGCGUACAUCUACGUGGCCUGGCUGGAAGACCAGGGCGAGCAAAAGGAGGCCGACAAGGCCAAAUCUAAGAAAGCACAGUAG